CUUCAUCUGCUCCAUCCCACUUCGUUUCUUCUCUUCUCUUCUCUUCCGUCAAGCUGACUUCCCUCCUGUCUUUCCUUCAGCUCACUUUCUCCCCGCUUGCUGAGCUCGCUUCUCUCUGACUAAAUCAAUUCUCUACUUCCGCCAAGCUUGAAAUUUCCCCUCUACAAGCUCAUUUUUCUGCCCUGUUCGCUUACUCUUUAUCUUCUGUGUCCUAUACUUCCCUUGAUCUCUGCACGAUAUGCCUCUAAACAAGCUUCGUUGGGUCCAAAAAGCCAAAUCACUACUUCGUGGGCUGAAGGAAGGGAAGCAAGCUGCACCAGAGGAUGUAGAUUAUGUCUUGCGUGAAAUGGACAAACUGCCUGUAUUGGCGGCCAGCAGCUUAAGGCUCUCAGAAGUGAGAGAUGCGUUCGGCCUCAAACGUGACGAUAGAUUGGAGGAAAUUUGGGGACCGGAGGAAAAAGAUAUCAUACCAGUGCCAGAGACCGUUCUAUCGAGAAUCUACGAUAUGGAGCAGGCUUUGGGGCACGACCCGACAAAUGAAGCUACAGUUCGCUGGAAGUUAGACAUUAUACUCCAAGCCUGUGUCCGGGUCGAACAGAAGAAUGUUGCUAUGAGACAUCCAGAGAGAACGGAGAAGCCUGUAACUCUCACAGCUGAGACCCACCUUGAAUGCGAAAUCGUCCAUAAGGGACAAGCUGUCAUUCUCAACGGCAGGUCAGACUACACUAUGUGGUAUGGGGAUCACGGGCUGGAUACGAACCUUGUGAUUUGCGAGGCCAAGGAUAGGUGUAACCACGGCACUGGUUUGGGACAAUGCCUGGCCUAUAUGGCAAUGGUCCACAAAAUUCGCAAGAAAGAGAACCACAUCAACAGCAUUAUCUACGGCUGUGUAACGGAUGGUGAGAUGUUCAGCUUCUUGCGUAUUGACAACGACGAUAAAUACUCCUUCUGGCAUUGCCAGGAAUGGGGUGUAAACCCCUCCGCAAGAAACAAGAUAUGGACGCAUCUCGUCCGCAUAACCAAAUGUGCCAGCGCGCUCUCCCCCCGAACAUCGGUAAAGAAAGUGAAUCGGGUCGUCGAUGCCUCAUCUGGCGAGCAAAAAUACUGGAAGAUUCAGUUCGGCAGCAGCAGCGGGAUGUCUGAGGAGGAGAUGGAGUUGUAAGCCUUAUGGGCCCGGCUUAUGUUUACGACUUUUUUCACGAGUUUUCAAGGGGCAAUAUGGCUUUUCAGAUAGAAGUAUCGUUGCACAUAAUGGAGAAACCCAGGGGAGAACAGCGUUCCGGCUA